CAGUGUAGUACAUGUGUAGCCUGCAGACAGUUGGGUGUUUUGUUGUUGUUGUUGUUCAGAGCAGUUUUUAGGCCGCAAAGCAUGUUGGGCUCUUACCAUAAAACACGUGGUUUCCAGAUCAGAGAUGUUGUAAUCUGAUAAGACAGCAGUGACGAUGUCGCCUGCACAGACGGGUAAUAAUGUACGGCAUAACAAAACGGCUCAAACUCUUUAUUAGCAAAGGACCUGCAUGAGAGAUUGUGAAAUUUGUUUUCUUUUGUGUGUAAAUACAGUUUGUUAAAAAGUAUUUGUUGCCUGUGAUAGAGGCUGACACGCCUCCUCCGCAUGCUUUUCUGUGGGAGGAGGCUGAGAGAGAAGAAAGGAGGAGGAGGAGGAGAAGGAGGAGUAUCUGGAAAAACUGUAAUCUGACUCCUACUUUCAGUUUAGUCCAUUCCGUUUACGAGCCAAACCCACCGAGGGGUGAAAGUUCACAUUCUUCGCCUUGUGCCGCUUCUCCAAUUGGUCGAACCACGUCAGGAUUUUGUGAAGCAUGAUCUCAUGCUGAGGCAUCACCCAGGUCUCGGCAGCCACAGUUUAAUAGAGCACUCGGCCUAAUUUACUGCUUCACAGGUGACAAAGAGGUCAACUUCUUUACUUCUUUGUUCCCUGCAGGUUUGAUUAUUCAUCUGUCGUUACACUGAUGCUUCAGAUAGACUUGUUUUUCUUCCUUUUUAAAUCACAUCGAAGCCCAUCAGAGGCCUAACUCAGCAGAAAUUGCCGAGUGAAGAUAGGGAGCAGUGCAGAAACUGUAGAUAGAGAAAGUAAAAGCAGCACGAGAGAGUAGGGGGAAUGGAAAAUGUGGCGAGGGGAUCUGUGGCGUCAGGGGGAAAUAAGAUAUCAAAAUGCAAGAGGAGUUAAAUGAGCACAUGGUUAACUCUAUGAAAGACAGAAACGUAAGAAGGGAAAGACAUGGAGCGACUCUGCUUUAUUUCACUGCAGCCAUGAUGAAGAAUGAUUUACCUACAGUGUCAUCUUUUAUUGUAGUCUGGUUCUCUGUUGUAUACUUUAAAAACAUGCCUGUGACCUUUUUAUUUCCUCUGAUUGUAAGUUAAUGUUGUUUUCUAAAGCUGAGGGGAACCCUAUAGGGUCAUGGGAAGUAUACUGGGAGAGGAAAGAAGAAAAAAGCUACAUUCUGUUACACAAGAUUGUAGUGUAUUUUCUGGACUUUUCUCAAAUGUUUGCCUUUUUUUUUGUGAAAUAUUGGAUGAUUUUACCUGCAGAAGUUUCACUCUGAUAUCUACUACUUACAUUUCUUACCGUAUUCACCUGUAGCGUCUCCCCUCAGGGGAUCACAAGCCAAAUAAAUGAGGAACCACUGGUUCAAUCUUGUGUGUUUAUAUGUAAGAUAUGAAUCUGUAGAAUAACUAGCAGCUUUAGCUGUCAGAUAAUGUAGCAGAGUAAAAACGUAAAGAUGGAUAUUGUUACAGAUAAUAGAAGUUAUUACCUGUUACAAACAUGUCGGCAUUUGACGUGAUACAUAUGACUUUCUCUUAAGCAACAUGUUGAAAACCUUUCAACACACUCAGACUGAAGUUUGGUUUCUGACUGCAUCUUUCCCGUUUUUGUGUUUUAAAGCCAUUCUGGGCAAUUUACUAUCUUUAGACAUUUUGUUUAUCGUGAUCAGUAUCUCAGAUGAUGUAUAUGUGCUGUCUGUGCCUAAUCUAAGGACCGAAAUGGGACAAAACGCCUCUAUGUUUUCUGCUCCAGCCAUUUUGAACAGUUUAAUCUGUUGCAUGUUGCCGCCUUGUCCACGUCUCUGUUGCAGAAGAGGUUUCCAACCUGGUUAGAGAAAGACUAAAUAAUGGAGUUAAUUAGCUUGUGUUAUUGUUUUUCAGCCAACCUACACCAUCCCUCAGGCCAAGCGCACAUCCAGAGAGAUGGCUCAACCUUCCCGAUCCUUCCCUGCCGAUUACCUUCGGCGUGGUCGAAAUUCCCUGUGUUCGCCGGCCUCCAAGAGCUCCGGCGAUGUUUCCAAUCAGAACCAGGAAGGUGGCGACACCAAGAUGCUGGAGCAGCUUCUAAAUAAGCCCAAGCUGGUGGUGUUGGAGGAGCCCAAGGAGAGAGGCAUGAGGUUUCGCUAUGAAUGUGAGGGACGCUCGGCCGGAAGCAUCCUGGGGGCGUCCAGCACUGAAAGCAACAAGUGUCAGCCUGCGAUAGAGAUUCAAGGUCCCAUUGACUACUUAAAGAAGGUCACAGUCACUGUUUCCUUGGUGACCAAAGACCCCCCACACCGGCCUCACCCCCACUGCCUUGUGGGUAAAGACUGCCAGACCGGUUCAGGAAUCUGCGUGGUGACGCUUAAUCCUCAGAGCAACCGACGUCACAGCUUUGGUAACCUCGGUAUCCAAUGUGUGAGGAGGAAAGAGCUGGACGUUUCACUUCAGAAGAGAAGAAGCCAAAAUAUCGACCCCUUUCAAACUGGUCACUCAAAGGGCAUCGAAGACAUGGACAUGAAUGCUGUGCGUCUGUGUUUUCAGUGUGAGUUUGAGUGGGAUGAUGGGAGAAAAGACAGUCUCAGCCCAGUGCUGUCCAACCCCAUCUAUGACAAGAAGGCUACGACUACAUCACAGCUGAAGAUCGGCCGUUUUAACCUGUACAGAGGUUCCUGCACUGGCAAGACGGAUAUCUACAUGUUGUGUGACAAAGUGCAGAAAGAUGACAUAGAGAUCAUCUUCAGGCGAGGCUCGUGGAAGGCGAGCGGGGAGUUUGCGCAGACUGACGUGCAUCGACAGAUCGCCAUCGUGUUUAAGACUCCGCCCUACCAGGACCAGGACAUCACAGAGGAGGUUGAAGUCAGCGUGGUCCUGCGUCGCCUGUCGGACCACAUGGAGAGCGAGUCUGUCAGCUUCACGUAUCUGCCACUCAACUCAGAUCCAUAUGAGGUGAAGCGGAAGAGAAAGAUAAAGUCGGACAUCAGCUUCAGAGAGAAACCGUGUCUGUCAGCAGAAAGCGCACCUGCGGCAGAGCUGCCCUUCCACGUCCCACAGCCUCAAGCCAUGAUGUCAUCAGACGAGAGGCUUUGUGCUGCCCAGCCUGGGACCUCUGCUUUAGGAGAAAUGUGUUACAGCGAGCCCCAGGACUCAAACAAUGGCGAUGUGACGGCCAUCAUUAAUCAGAUGCUAGAAAUGCCUGUACUAUGGGACAUGAUUUCCGACCCGAGUUUAGCCACCUCCAUGCUCUCCGGCUUUGAGCAGGAUCCCGACGCAUUUGCAAACUUGGAUAUGAACUCAAACCAGAACUUUGGCUCGUACGUUCAGGAUUUUUCCCAUUACAGCGACCUGCAGUUCAACAUGCUCGUCAAUGACAACCAGAAUCCGCAGUCAGAGGCAAAGGACAGCCCCUCCAACAUGGUUCAGGUGAAGACAGAAGAAGAGCUAUGAGGGCGGGAUAGUCCAGAUCAUGAAGCAUCCUUACACACACUCUUUGUCCACUUUAAAAGAACAAUAGACAUUGCGGGAAAUGCGCAUAUUUGAUUUCUUGCCAAGAGUUAGAUAUGAAGAUGAAGAAGAUAGAGCGUUGAUCGCUUCAAGAAAGUGAGUAAGUGUAUUUCCCAAAAAUGUUUUACCUUCACUCUUCUGGAUUUAAAGCCAGAUUAUAUUUGUCCCAAAUCAAAGACUACUUCUCCGGCUGCUUGCACUGUAAAAUGUGUUUGUCUUUGUCUGAAGACCUUGCUGGUCGAGGCCUUAGUGACCAAGCAAGUUGACAUUCCUACAUGUGUGCUGGUAAAUGCUGCCAGCAUUAAUCGUCAGAAGAAAGUGAUUCCCAUAGUCAGCGUGGAGCUUACAACUCAUAAACAUCUAUAUUUAACUUGGGCAGAACAGAAACUCUCCCAUGAAUUGCCGUCCAUUGUAGUAAAUGAUUGGUGAGGUAAGACUGAAAUACCUGUUAUGUAAUGUGUGUUUUGAUUGUUUCGACAAGAUUUUGGGAAAAUAACCUUAUUUCUUAAAAUAAGUUGAUGUAGAAUUAUAGUUUUGAAACGUAAAAAGUCUCAAGUAGAGUAGUUUCAGAUCUGCUCUCCACAUUGUUGUUGCCUGUUAGUACUCUGUUGAUGUAGCCUUCACACCAGCUGGCUUGUUUAAUAUUUAAUCUACUUGAAUAGAAACCAGUCCUCCUCUUAUUCAUAGCUCUGUCUCCGUCACUUCUCAUUGUUCUGCAGUUUCCCUCUCAUGCUUAACAUUAAAAUUUCCACUCACGCCUUGUCACGAGUCCAACUUCGCUGUAGCAUUGUAGUGUCAAUAUUUCAGAAAAUAAACCAAUAAAAUAUCCGCCUGUG